CUCUCUCCUCUCAUUUCCUCCUUCCACUCUACCUCUGUCAUGUCUACUUUCUCUAAUAAAAAAUCUACUGAAGACUGAUAAGCAUCGUUCGUUCUUUUCUCUCCCGAGAAACCGUCGUCGUUGGCCCUGAGUUGAGUCUGCUGGCCAGACUCCCCGAGAUGCCCGUGGCAAGUGGUGCCAUGACUCGGAUUCCUCGGUGAGGGACAAGCAGCGGAAGAAGGAUGCGACACAACCGGUGUGGACCCCAGAAAGAAGGACAAGGAGAUUAGACAAGCCAUCAAAGGACGAUGCUUACCAUCUGGAACAGGACGAGGAGAUCGCUGAUGCACCACCUCCUCCUGAAGAUCCUCCUAUCCACCGCAACCAGCAGCUCUGAUGAGGGCAACCCCUACUGGGGGCUCCUUUGGGCGCUCCCUUUUCCUCUCCUUUUAUCUAACUCUUCCAAGAUCCUCCCCUUAAUAUACUUAGCCAAUGCUACUCUUGGUCAGCGCUGCAAUGUUCCGGCUGCUGACCUGGUAGCUUCGCCUAACUCUGCUUACGUUAGCCUGAAUCUCACCUUAUCUCUAGCCUGAUCUCUUUGCUUUCAGAUAAGCAAGGACAGUAUGGAUGAGUUCGGGUUUAAUCACACCCACCCUUCACCAUGCAUUUUUUUACUCCCUUUUGUUCUCAGCGAUUUUGUGAAUGUUUCCCACUCCAACUCUUCAUGUCAGAAUAAUUCCGGCAACGUGGCCUUUUUCUCCUCUAAUAGCAUUCCACUGCAUUGUCUCCACUGCACUUCUAACAAGCCUUUACCUAUUGUAGACCCCAUCCAGCAUUGUAAAUCCCCAGUCAACCCUGUACGCCCCGCUUUCUCAUCUUGCUUAUCUAGCACGGUUCAUGCACAGUUAGGUCAUGGAUUCUUUCUCACUUGCCACGCAUUAUUCAGGGGCUGGACAGCCCUCAAUAAUUCAGUCAUUACCCGCUUUACUACUACAAAUGUGACCUGUUCCAACCCUCAUUCCAAUAACACCCACAUACAGCUGCUCAGUAACAGCAUACAGGCUUGGUCCAACCAAAAUAUGUUUGAAACCGAUGAGGAUGGUAGUGUGUGGGACCCAUUUGUUAUGUGUAAUGCUGCUGGAGCUUGCACAGAUAUCACACCCUUACUUUUCCUUAAAGGAUUCCAUUGGGCUAACGGUACCUUCUGCGGCUCGUACUACCAACCUGCAAACCUAACGUUAAAGUACUAUAACACAUCCCGUAAAGCUGAAGGCAGGGUCAAUUCUCCUGUGUGUCUGAGCAUGCCUUUUCUUUGGUAUGUUUGUCAAGACAUUAAUGGGACUUGUUUUUCAGGAAAUCUGACUAACUACUGGGAUGGGAACCACACAACUGUCGUGGUUCACAUUCCAACUUGGGUCCCAGUUCGGGUACUGGUACGCGAACAGGACUUUGCAGUCGCCCUCCGCAACCAGAGAGACUUCAGUGCCACUGCCAUCGUUGUAGCCGUUAUUGCAGCCUUGUCAGCCGGCGUGGCGGCCAUCGGUAUGGCGGUCUCUCAGGCUUCCACCCUAUCCACACUGGAUAACAUUACUAAGGACACGGCCGCAGCGCUGGAACAUCAACAAGAAAGGGACCUACACCUCUAUACCGGCCUCCGAAUGCUAAAUCAGCGUGUAGAUGUUAUGCAGGAAGAGCUGGACUUAUUGGGGGCUCUUGCGGGUAUGCCAUGCUUACUUCAAUCCGUGUCCACUUGUGUUACUCCGUUUAAAGCAGCAGAAUUUUCUCAUUUAGCCAAUGACUCUAAAGCUUUAGGAAAAAUGAUAAAUACUACUUGGAAUAGCAAUUUCACUCUGCUGUUAGAUGAGCUGUGACGUGAUAUAUUACGGUUAAGGGAAACCUCUCCUUCUGGUACAACUAUAUGGUCACCUGUUGCAACCCUAGGGUCCUGGUUCAGCAAAUCCUGGAACACAGUUAAAGAAUGGGUGGCCAUCGGGGCCCUGUUUAUUGUGGCACUCUUGUUUGGUGAUGGGCCACUUCACCUCCUGAUCUCCAUUAUAUGCGGCCAUAGGCAAAUGCAGCUGGUGGUUAAACAAGCCAUGUUAGGGAUGCACAAACAAUACCCCAUGACUAACCCCCAAGCUGGAGUGUGGCUUAGCAUGUUGGAACGGUAGUCAAAGACGGGUAAGUUCUGGGAGGCAUGCCGAGCAACCUAAGACAGGGCGGAGGGGCAUGCUCCCCACCGACCCCAUGACAGGUACGCUGGUAUUGCGCUCCUGGUCGCCUAAGACAGACACGUUUCCAUGCCACCAAUUUAAAAUACAGAAGGGGGAGAUGUCAGGGAAUAGUCCGCGGCGGCAUUGCUAGCCGGAGGUUUUUACUUUCGGUUUUGACUAGGGGCUUUCCUACGGGCGGGGCUCUCCAGAGGUGGAGGGAUCGAGGUCACGGUAAAUAACAAGAUGGCGCCAGGACCCCCGCAGUGAGUCUGCCUGCCUGCCUGCUGCGUGACACCUCACCUGACUGGCCAAAGGAUGCGUGCCCUUCACGUGAACAGAGACCGGAUUGGUGUGCCUGAUGCAUGGACUCUAGCUUGCUCCUGAUUGGUCGCAUUUUGUAUAUAAGCCACGGGUGUAAGGAGGAAGCUCUCUCUCUCUCUCUCUCCUCUCCUUUCCUCCUUCCUCUCUACCUCUGUCAUGUUUACUUUCUCUAAUAAAAAGUCUACUGAAGACCGAUAAGCGUCGUUUGUUCUUUUCUCGCUUGAGAAACCGUCGUCGUGGGCCCUGGGUUGAGUCUGCUGGCCAGACUCCCUGAGACGCUCGUGGCAGUGUGUAUGUGUUUCUAUUGAGUUUUCUGCUGAAUGUAUGAGAGUCCUAUGGAUUUGAUUUCUGGAUCAUAUAAUAAGAUUAUGCUUCACUUUGUAAGGGACGGCUAUAUUGCCUACCAAAAAGUCUGUUCCAUUUAUGAAUGAGAAUUCCUACUGGUCUGCAUCCUCCUCAUCAUUUGUAAUUGUCAGUUGGUAUUUUUUUUUCCAUUCUUGGAUAUGUAUAAGAGUAUCAUGGCAUUGUUCAAUUUGCUAUUUCCUAAGACAUAUGAUAUUAAAUGUCUUUUCAUAUGUUCAUUUGUCGACUGUCUUUCUUUUUUGGUUUAGUGUCUAUUCACACCUUUUGCCCAUUUUCUGGUUGAAAUACUGAUUUUCUUAUUGAAAAUUGGA